UUUUGUCAUGUAUUAUAGUUUUGUUGGGUACUCAUUAUGUUUUCAAAGUAUAGAUGACAAAAGGAUUACGUAAGAGAGCGCUUGAGAGAGUUUUUGGUAGACAUUCUGGAGGCGACGCACAUGGCUCUACGUCAGGCCGCAUCGCUGCUACACAUGACGGGCCGCCACAGGACACAGGACGAGGAGAUGCUCCACCUGAUGCGGAGACACUCGUUGAUCCUGCCCAGCAUGCAGAGAUGCCGCCGUCGCCUCCUCAGGCUGCAGAUGUAUUGGAGGAGCGCCGAUAUGAGCCAUAUAGCGCAGCUGUAGAAGCUGCGCCACUACCGCCGGAUUCUAUUCCGGAUCAGCGAGCCCACGACCCGGCCAAGGUGAAGGAGGAUUGGGAUGCUUAUCAUGAUUUGCGACUUAUCGCACAGCAGAGGUAUGAACAAGCAAGGCGUAGAUGCCUCGAAUUGAAAGGUACCGAGCGACCUACUAGGCGCGGCCGCAGUAGUACCAAGCCACAGAACCUCGUCCCAGAUAUUUUAUAUUUUAUCUGUACCGAGCGACCUACUAGGCGCGGCCGCGGUGGUACCAAGCCACAGAACCUCAUCCCAGAUAUUCAUCGGAGGGUCGUGAUCCGAUGGGAGAACGGAUCAAGCUGA